UUUCGCUUGCUAUUGGGUGGCCUGACACUUGAGCUGCUCUUUGAUUUAGCAGACCCUGCCUUGCAAAUUCAGCUCGGUUCCCCCAGCCGCUCGCUUUCCCCCGUCAGAUUGAGCAUGUCUGGCUAGUGGAGUUGAACUAGGACAAUAAAACGCUGCUUCUCCCCGCUCCUGUCCCCUUGCAGGAGGCUAAGGCGAGGGGGGUGGCUGGGAUAAGACGCAUGCGCGCCUAGAGGGUGUUGGGUGCCUAUAAUAACACUGAGAAAGCAAGUGCGAGCCGCUGGAGCCCCAGUGGCUGCUUGUCUGGCCAGCAGAGAGCGACACAGGCCGGGCGCCAGCGGCCGCCGCCGGUGCUUCUGCCGCGCAGGCUGAGGAGCGAGGCCGAGUAGCCAGCGGCACAGCCAGGAUCCGGGCGGGCGGCGCCGCGGGAGACACACGCCGGGCGGCAGCUCCGCGCCCCCUACCAGCCCCUCUCCCCCAGCCGGCAGCCAAGAGGGCGCCGCGCUGCCCCGGGGGGUGUCGCCCCGCAGCGGAGGGAUGUAACUUGGCGCUGCCAGGCUGGCGGCUUCGGCGGGCGCGCCGAGGUGAAGGAGGAGUCGGGACAGGGGCUUUCCCCGCGGAGCAGCGCAGGGGGACUGAGCGGCGGCUCCUCCAGCCCGGCGGUGCCCACUUGGGAUGCGGCUUCCAACCAUGAAAGGAAAGUUUGAGCGGGAUGUCCGGGCCGAGGGAGCGGAGUAACAGCAGCCGCCCGUGCCGAGUGGCUGCCCCUGCGGGGCCCGGCUCGGCUGCCAGGGGAGCCCGGGGCAGCCUCCCGCGCCCCCGCGGGCUCGGCCCUGCGACCCGGACGGGAGGUCGAGCUCUGCCGGCGCUGGGACAGUCCCGCCUCUGAUGCUCCUGGAGUUUCCUGCCGCAUCGCUGCCCCCGCCGGCGUGUGGAUCUGCCGGGCGGGCCCGGCGCCCCGGGCUGGCUGCCCCUGGCGGGCCGCGGCCAGCCCCCCAUUGCUCCCCCGCCGAGCUGGUAGCGAUGGGGUGGGAAGUCCUGGCUCUGUGAAGCGCUUCGCCAGACUCGCCGCCCCGUCUGCUCGCUGGAGAGGGGCAGGCGCCAGCCGCAGAGACCGCAAUCCAGCCGCCGCCUCCUGGGGGCUGGCCGUGGGUUUCCUUUGGGCUGACCAACGCCGGAGCACGGAGCGCCGGGCACUUCGGGAAGAGCCUCCGACUCCCCCUUCCUGGCGGGGGGCUGGCGGCAGAAGAGCCCCGUGGUCUCCCCGCUUCUGGGUGUUAGGCUCCCCUGCGAUCAGAUGCUUCACCCCUCUCCACUCAGAGCCGUGUUAGUAGGAGACCCCCCGCCCCCGGCAUAGCGGGGUACUGUGGCCCCCCCGGCAUAGCGGGGUGCUGUGUCCACAACCAGCCCUGCCCCCCCCCGCACCAGGGACAACGGGGUGCUUUGUCCCCCCGCCCCUUUGCACAGGGGGGUGCUAGCAGAGGAGCCCCGUGGGUGCGGAGGACCCUCCCCCCCCCUUUUUUUUUUUUUCUGCCGGGCGCGCUGCUGCCCCGGCCGCCGCCGCUGAGCGGUGCCAUGUGGAGCGGGCGCUGCUGGCUGCUGCUGGCGGCGCUGGGCUGGCUGCUGCCGGCGGGGGCCGGGGCCAGCGGCGAGUACUGCCACGGCUGGCUGGACGCGCAGGGCGCCUGGCGGGACGGGUUCCAGUGCCCGGAGCGCUUCGACGGCGGGGACGCCACCAUCUGCUGCGGCAGCUGCGCCUUGCGCUACUGCUGCUCCAGCGCCGAGGCCAGGCUGGACCAGGGCGUGUGCGACAACGACCGGCAGCAGGGGGCAGACGAGCAGGGCCGGCCGGACAAAGACGGCCCGGAUGGCGCAGCAGUGCCCAUUUAUGUGCCAUUCCUUAUAGUUGGAUCUGUUUUUGUUGCCUUUAUCAUCUUGGGGUCUCUAGUAGCAGCUUGUUGCUGCAGAUGCCUGCGACCCAAGCAAGAGCCACAGCAGAGCCGAGCACCUGGAGGUAAUCGGCUGAUGGAGACUAUUCCCAUGAUUCCAAGUGCCAGUACCUCCCGUGGUUCAUCCUCUCGUCAAUCAAGUACUGCUGCCAGCUCCAGUUCCAGUGCCAAUUCAGGUGCCAGAGCCCCCCCUACUAGGUCACAGACCAACUGCUGUUUGCCAGAAGGGACCAUGAAUAAUGUCUAUGUCAACAUGCCUACUAAUUUCUCAGUACUGAACUGCCAGCAGGCUACCCAGAUUGUGCCACACCAAGGGCAAUAUCUGCACCCACAGUAUGUAGGUUAUGCUGUCCAACAUGACUCUAUGCCUAUGACCCCGGUGCCACCUUUCCUGGAUGGUCUGCAAAGUGGAUACAGGCAGAUUCAGUCUCCCUAUCCCCAUGCGAAUAGUGAACAGAAGAUGUACCCAGCAGUGACUGUGUAACUUAAAAAAAAAAUCACAUAUUUUAGCACCUAAGCCGAGCAGAGGAGAAAUACUUUUGGAAUAAAGCUUGUAGAACCUCAUUUGUAAAUAAUUUUGAAAGACUCAUGCAUGUCAGACAGUGUUUUUAAACCAUUUCUUUACAUUGGAUUCAGUUGCCAAAAACUGUGUAACGAUAUCUUUGAAUUACCAUUUCCAGAUAUGCUUCCAUUCCAGUUCAUGAUUAAUAGUGGCAAUGGAUUAUGCUGAAGAUGCAUAUGCAUUUCAGAUAACUGUGUGUGAGAGAUGAAUGCCUGAGCCAUUAAGUGCCCUUCAGGUAUGGCACAGUCAAAGCAUUUGGCUACUUCAUAAAAAGAGUUUUGUUACACUGUACAAGAUCACAGUAUUUAAGAAACCGCUCCUCUCCUCCUCUCUCCCAACUCCUUUACAACAUUUCAUAUUGCUUUACAGACAAUCACAUUGUCAAUGGAAGACUAAACCGUGCAAUCAUUGUAAGUUAGGAACCUGCUACCAAGUCCUAUGAUUUCUUACCCACCUUAGGUUCAAGGUGGAAUGAGGUGUUAUUCUUAGUUUUUCACAAGAUUAUUUUCUUUGUCCCUUAUAUUUAUGUAGGAAUUAGAAGUGUGUAAAACAUUCAGCUCAAACUUCCAGUGCACUUGGAAUCAUUCUCGAUUUGAGUUUGACUCAUGUUCAGGAACCAAUAGGGGUUUGCACAAUCUUUGUUUAUCUCAACGAACUUUAAGAAAAAACAGAUAUGAGGUUCUUGCUUUGAUCAAAAUCUUUGAUACUACUAUUGUCCUGUGCAUUUCAAGUUUGAACUGUGCUUGCAGAGAAAGGUCAUGUAGUAUCUUCAAAUAUGGCUACUAAUCCCACUUCCUGUGAAACAUAAACCUGUGUGAAUGUGCACAAACAUGUCAAACCAAGAUCUUGCCCAUGGGUUUAUAAUGCAAUUCAACCAUGGGAAAUGGGAUUCAUUCUAACCCAAACCUUUCUGAACUCCAGGGCCUGCUGACCAGUUCUGAUGUUAAAAUAGUGCCAAUCCAAAUUGAAUUUGGAAGGAUUUGCACAGCUAGAUUAGGAGUCAGUUUCUGGAAAUACUAUUUUUUGUUAUUUGUGUUGAAAAUAAACAAAAGAACAACCAAAACACUCAAGUCCUAAUAGCUUUUCAUUUUGUAUAAUUGCUUUAUAAAUGAAAUAUUUCUGCACAAUGUAGAAAUCUUUAAGCCUUCAAGCAGAUGGCAUGUGGCAGAGGGUGACUUUGCACUAAAACUUUUGAUUCCAUUUGUGAUAAAAUAGAUAAUCUCCUGAGUUUAAAGAAGUAACCAAUAUACAGUAAAAGCUGUGUUAUCCAGCCCUGUACCAACCAGAAAGCUCUAUAAACUGGCAUUUCUAAUCUUCAUAGAAAGUCCGGUUUAUAGUCUGGUUGGCAUGGGGCUGACAGGCUCCUUACCUGGCUCCGUGUGGCUCCCUGGAAGCGGCGACCUGUCCCUGCUGCUCUUAGGCGGAGGCGUGUCUAGAGAACUCUGCGUGCUGCCUCUGUCCGUGCCCCCUCCCCCCCAGCUCCCAUUGGCCGCGGUUUCUGGCCAAUAGGAGUUGCAGAGCCAGUGCUCGGGGCAGGGUGGGGGCAGUGUGCAGAGCCACCUAGCUGCGCCUCCAUCUAGGAGCAGCAGGGACAGGUUGCCGCUGGCAGGGAGGUGCCCGAGGUGAGCGCCCCCUGGAUCCAGCACCCCACACCCUCAUGUGUCCCAACCUGCCCCAAGCCCCUUCCCACACCCCAACUCCCUCCCAGAGCCCACACUCCCUCCGUGCCCCAACCCCCAGCCCUGCACCCAAACUCUUUCCCUCUUAGUUAACCCAAAUUUUUCACUUAUCGGCACCCCCCCACACCCUCAGCAUGCCGGAUGAAAAAGCUUUUACUGUACAAGGAAUAAUCUGUGUUAAUUGUAAUGUGCAUUUCAUACUACUUUAAAACAAAACCAGCAAUGUCUUUAAGGCUGCUUUCAUCGUUUUUAAAUUAAUCUGUGCAUUUCAAUCAAUUUGUUCUUUAUGUUUGGAAUGACAGUAUAGUAUUGAGGGCAUACUGAAAACAUUAAAUUGCUUUAACCAGACUAGAACUGAUAAAAUGUUUUCUUAUUGUCUGAUACUGAUUCUUUAUGUUGCAAUGAAUCAGAUACUAACAAUUUUGUUACAUGGACUGUAUGUCAGGUCUAAUGGUUUAUUUGUAAACAUGCAACACAAAAAGGCAAAAGGAAGCAAUGUUCUUUACCACUGAAAUAAGAAAAAGAGUAGGUAUUUUACAUCAGGUCUGCUGCUAUUGGCUGAUACCAUAACAAUAGUACAGCAUGUAUAACUUUUAAGAAAGAGGCAUCCUUUGAGCCACUUUAUUUCUUUUGACUAGAAAAGAUUGGGGCUGAUCUUGAGAAGUGCUGGGUACCUCCUACAAAGCAUUGAAACCCAAAUUUUUAAAGGUAUUUAGACAUUGGUCUGCUCAGCAUUUUAAGUCUUAAGGAUAUUAGACAAUUAGUGGGAUUUUCAAAAGCACCUGAGCACCCAACUCCUAUGGUAAGUAGGCACCUAAAUACCUUUGAGGAACUAGGCCUUUCAGUGCUGUGCAGAGCAAUGUCUAAAUACCUUUAGAUCUAGGCUAAAUGCCCUCAACUGUUGUUGGCUUCAAAAGGAAUUAAAGGUGCUCAGCAUCUCACAGGAUCAGGUCCAUUGUUUCUUUUCCGGAAGACAGUUUCCCACAGCCUGAUGUUAGCUUUUUCAACUGUGAAUAAAGUUAGCUCUCUAUUUCUCUCUCUCCCAGAAUGCACUGCAUUCAUUGCACAUGCCCUGUUAAGGACACCUGCUCUGAUUUAUGAAAUUCAGGUGAAUCUCUUUGUACAUUGUUUACUUGUUUAAAAAUUUUAAGUUAAAUUUAAGUAUGUAGAAAUUAAUUUACAACUGUUGGAAAAAAAAACAAACCCUGAGUUGUAAUAAAAGGAAGUUUGUGAGAUGUGGUGUUUUAUAUCUUGUGUAUAAUAAUGUAAAAUCAAUGUUAACAUUUGGUAAAGUUUUUAAAUCUCUUACAGGGCACUUGACAUAAAGUGUUUCUUACAAAUGAAGAAAAAAACCCUUUGCUUCUUAAUAAAUAUUUUAUGGUGUGA